GCGAAAUCGGGGCCAGGAAUCCCACAAUAGCAGGCGGAGGAAGAUAGUUUCUUUUUCUUUUUUUUCCUGUCAGUGCUGUGGGCUGGUAGCUGCUUCAAUCAUAGGGAAGGCAGAGAGAGGGAAGGGAGGCUCUGCAGGGAGAGAUGUAAGAUGGCAGAGCUACAAAUGUUGUUGGAGGAAGAGAUUCCAGCCGGGAAGAGAGCGCUUGUGGAGAGUUACCAAAACCUGACGAGAGUAGCCGACUACUGCGAGAAAAAUUAUGUCCAGGCCCAAGACAAAAGGAAAGCGCUGGAGGAGACCAAAGCCUACACCACCCAGUCCCUGGCCAGCGUGGCCUACCAGAUCAAUGCCUUAGCCAACAAUGUCCUGCAGCUGCUGGACAUCCAGGCCUCGCAGCUGCGCCGCAUGGAGUCCUCCAUCAACCACAUCUCUCAGACGGUGGACAUCCACAAGGAGAAGGUAGCCAGGCGGGAGAUCGGGAUCUUGACCACCAACAAAAACACAGCAAGGACUCAUAAGAUCAUCGCUCCAUCUAAUGUAGAGCGGCCCGUCAGGUACAUCAGGAAACCUAUAGACUACAACGUCCUGGACGAUGUUGGCCAUGGAGUGAAGUGGCUAAAAGCCAAGCAACAUGGAAACAAUCAGGCAGCCAGAGCUGGAACCCUAUCGAGGACCAAUCCGCCGACACAGAAGCCGCCCAGUCCGCCGAUGUCAGGGCGUGGCACGCUUGGACGCAACACGCCCUACAAGACGCUGGAGCCAGUGAAGCCGCCGACGGUACCCAACGACUACAUGACCAGUCCCGCUCGACUGAACAGCCAACACGGCCAGCAGAACAGCCCCGGACGCACAGCGUCGCUCAACCAGAGGCAACGCACGCACAGUGGAAGCAGUGGGGGCAGCAGCAGCAGGGAGAACAGCGGCAGCGGGAUCGGCAUUCCCAUCGCCGUGCCUACGCCCUCCAUCCCAAACUCUGGACCAGUCUCGCCCAUAUCGGCUCCUCCGGGAGCCCCUCCACCCCCACCUCCUCCUCCUCCUCCUCCUCCACCACCUCCUGGUGUACCUCCACCUGCUCCUCCCUUGGUUGGGAUGGCGCCACCGGCACCACCUCCACCCCCUCCUCCUCCUGCCAUAGCAGUGGCCUCCGGGCCUGGUCUGGGCCCUGCUCCAAUGUCCCAGUUUGGAACCAUCUCGCGGCAGAUUUCGCGGCACAACCCCUCCAACUCCUCUGUCUCUAUGGUUUCGGCCACGGGCACCUACCGCCGGGCGCCAUCGGUCACAUCACAGUUCUCCUUGCAGCAGCAGCAGCUUCAGCUACAGCAGCAGCAGCAACUGCAGCAGCAACAGCCUCACAUUAACGGAGGCACUCCUGGCUAUGUCCAAAACUCAAUGUCUGUCGCACCUCCUCCUCCCCCCAUGCCCCAGCUGACUCCACAGAUACCUCUCACUGGCUUUGUGGCCAGGAUGCAAGAGAGCAUAGCAGACACUCCCACUCCACCGCCGCCUCCGCCCCCGGAUGACCUGCCCAUGUUUGACGACUCCCCUCCGCCGCCGCCACCUCCGGUGGAUUACGAGGAGGAGGACGCCGCCGUCGUCCAGUACGACGACCCGUACGCGGAUGGAGACCCGCAGUGGGCCCCCAAGAGCUACAAGGAGAAAGUGGUGGCCAUCUACGACUACACCAAGGACAAAGACGACGAGCUGACGUUCAUGGAGGGCGCCAUCAUCUACGUGGUGAAGAAGAACGACGACGGCUGGUACGAGGGCGUCUGCAACGGCGUCACCGGCCUGUUCCCCGGCAACUACGUGGAGAGCAUCAUGCACUACGCCGAGUGAAGCAACCUGGCAGUAACCAGUCCUAUUUAUUCAGUCAUAUCCUAACCCGGUGACCGACUGACCGUAUGAUCCUUUUUUUUUUUUUUUUUAAGAAUGGCAUAAUGUUUUCUCUCUUACUGAAUGCAAAUAAUAAUUGAUAUCUAUGUAGUCGGUGUGAUAGGGAUUGGUUUGUGGCAUUUAGACAUUUCUCCGGUUUAUUAAAGCAUUUAAAGAACAGCAGAGGACGUUGCCGUCAGUCCGAGUCGCGGUCUCAUUAUGGAGAAAAAACCACUGUAAAUUACAUUUUAAGGAUUAAGUCUUAGAAAGCAUGCAAAUGCAAAUCUGUAAUUUGAAAUUUUAUGCCACUUUUCUUCAAUUAUGUUGUAAAUUUCUUUUUUUUUUUUAUUUCACUGUCGAAAUCACUGAAGUUUUUACUCCAAUUUAAAAUCUUUUCCAUGGGCUUUCUCUCUCUCUUUUUUUUUUGUACCUAAUCCUAAAAUAAAGAAAUUG